AUGGCUGGCGCCUAUGAUCUAACGGAAGCCAUACCUAGCGUCGAGGUCACGGAUGACGAAGGCCCUGUGGUCAUCCCCGGUCCUCAUGCACCUGGCUAUCGUACAUCUCGCGGUGCAGAGUCCAUAAUCAUGCCUCCUCCCCAGACACCGCUUCGCCGCGCAGCCUCGACCGCGCCGCCCGACCAUCCGCGCAAGCGUCGCAAGCAAGGCUUUGGCGCGCUGGAGCGGAGAGCCUUCUUCAACACCAUGGUCGAGUCCGCGCCCGACGACCAGACCAUCAGCCGCAUUCUCACCAGCCCCGACGACCUCGAGCGGGCCGAGCUGAAACAUUGCUUCGAGAUCCUGCACGCCUGCGGUAGUGCGACGAACAAGGAUGCGACACUGGCGACGACCAACGAAAGCAUCGAGGGUUACUUGAGGGCCAUUUUCAAGAACUGGGACAGUGGCGCGCCUGUCAGUGACGAGUUUGAGGCCAGCCCCGGCGACGUCGAGGAGUUGAGGGACAUUAAAGUUCAGGUGUCGGCUGGCAUGCUAUGCAGCAAUCAACCGCAACACAAGAGCGCCAAAGCCUGCUACGAAUCCGACACAUGCACAUGUGAGCUCCUCGCCCAGGCCCAGCUCGACAUGAAGGACAACAGCCUCCGCCUCAAUUAUAUCACCAUCGACCCGCGCGCGCCGCCCCCGACGGUGCGGAAAUACAUGCCCUGCCGGCUCGGCGUGACGGCCACCACGCCACCCAAGCUGCUGUGGAAGACGACGCCGCCGUGGCGCGCCGAGCUGAUGGAGACCAUAGAGGAGGGCGUGACGAGGGAGGUGCACCGCGUCAACAAGCUGUAUGCCGUCUGGCUGGGCCGCAAGGUUGUCGCGGCCUGGGCGCAGGGGCAGGAGUACAAGUGUGGCGUGGGUGGGCGAUGGGGAUAUAUGGGUACGGCUGAUAUCAAAGCCAUGAUCAAGGCGCUGCACGUGGGUUGA